AUGCAGGCGCAGGACGACCUCGCGGCGCUUUUGGCCAGGAACCUGACUCUCAGCUCGAUCCCGAUCGCUGCGCCGACUCCAGAGGUCCCCGUGCCCGCCCCCGUCGAGCAAUCCAAGAUUGUCUACUCCAUCUCGCAGCACUACCACCAUUCCGCCCACACCAUCAAGCUACAGCCUGCGGUUGAGCAGGCCCGACAGCAAGAUGUACAAAUGCAAGAAGAGAAUCAGCAGCAGCAGCAGCGCCAAACGGUCGAGCAGAUCCUGGUGCAGAACGGCAUCGACCCGACUGCGCUCACACCUGUUCAGUUUGCCCUUUUCCAGAUGUCCGCUCCGGACCGCCGUGACUACCUGCUCCAGCUGUGGCGCAUCUGCCCACCGACUCGGACGGCCGCCGAUUACAACGCCGUCGCCGCAGGGGCGGCCUGGGAUACUAUGGAGGCCGAGAUGGAAAAGGAGAUUACCUCUUCCACCUUGCGGGUGCAGCAGAGCCAGCAGAGCCAGCAGAGCCAGCAGAGCCAGCAGAACCAGCAGUUUUUUCAGCAGCACGAGCAGUCCUUUCGGCCCAGCGAAGCGGCAGUCCCGACAGCGAACAAAUCGACGCACCAGUCGGCCGACGGUCGGUGGCUGCAGGAAACGCCCCAGUCCUACAUGGAACCGUACAUGGCGUCUGGGUACGAACAGCUGGCACGCCGCGAAUACAUGGCGUCCAACUCGCCACCGCCGGCACCGGCGACCGGCUUCUCAGGCCGUGGUGGUGACGAUGCCGCCAGCAUCCCGCGCACUGAGCAUGAGUCCGACAACGCCAACCCCGAUGUGCAUGCCGGAGUGCAUUUGAGAUUCUCCCAUGCCACCGACCCAGUCUACGCCAACCGUCUGACGUCGUCAACACAGCCAGCGCCGUCCAUGCCAGCACCUAGCCGGGCCUCCUGGCCCCAGCCGCACCAGGCAGCCAUGGAGAUGGAGCACCAAUACGGCGCGCUGAUGGCCAUGCGCGACGGCUGUGAGAUGGACAUGUAG